AUGGAAAUAACUGAUUCAGUUAUUAGUUGCUACGCACACUUAUUGACGCUGAAAGAACGUGAAGCAGCCCCAGAUGGAGUACCGAAAUAUUGGUUUAUGCCUUGUCGGGUCUCUCAUGAAAAUCUUGGAUUGUCAUGCUCUGUUAGCACUUGGGUAAGACAACAAAAUUGGAGGGAUCUAUUUUACGGCAAGUUGGCAAAAACUGAACAUAUGUGUGUCCCGGUCAUAUGCAAAACUAAAACUCCCCACUGGUUCAUGUGUGACAUAGACAUGUUGGCGAGUAAGGCAUUCAUUUGGGACAGCCUGAAAACACCACGCGGGAAGGAUCUGAAAGAUUUCCGUGUACGAGCUGCUUCUGAAAUGUUAAGAACACUUGAUGAUCUUCUCCAAGUGGAUAUGGCUCUGGAAUUAGGAGAGAAAUUUAACUUUGCAUCACUUCCCCUAGAUUACGCAAGACGAGUGCCGCAGCAAGAUAAUAGGGUAGAUUGUGGAGUACAUGUAAUGAAAUUCAUGGAACAUUUCUUCAAUAGAGGCAAUGUUGCUGAAAUUGAUGUUGAGGUAUUUUUUCAAGUACAAGUGAUUGAAAUUAGACUUAAAUUGAAAAUUUCAUAUAGUGAAUAAGCAAUAAUUAACUAAUAUUUGUUUUGUCUUCUUUCAGCAUGUAACCAGUCAAGACAGGUAUUUAUUUUCUUUUUCUUUUUUUUAGAAAUCUCUUUGCAUGCAUUUACAUUAUUCAUAUUAAUGAUUAUUAUUUCUUAUAAAUGGUUUGAAAUACACCCAUGGUAUUUGGUGUAGCUUGGUAAA